GAACCACCGUGGUUGUGCCCCACCCAACAAAAGUGAAUAGUGAAUACGGUACGGAGAUCUUCAUCGGCACCGCUUUGGUGUGUGAGUCGUUGGUCGGUCUGAACUCUGAAAUGAAAUCGCAAACAAUUAGGAACCUUCAAACUCUCCUGAGGAGAUCUUCAUCUUUACUGCCUUCCUCAUCUUCUUCUCCUAAACCUUUGUUCCAUUACAAACCUGUUAAUCUCAUAAACCUUUUCCUUAAACCCUCCAUCCUUCCUCACAAAUUACCCUUUCUGUCCCCCCAACUAAAUUUCUCGCCCUUUUAUGCUCAAUCUCUUUGUUGUUUUAGCACUUCUAAAUAUUCUGAGGACUCUGAUGAAUACGAGAUAGAGAAUGACCCAACUUUUGAAUGGGAGGAAGAGGAUGACGGUGAACCUGAGAUUGGCGACGGAGGGGCAGGAGGCGGAAUUGUGCUUCAAAAUGUUGCUUGGGGUGAAAAAGUAUUAUCUAUAGCACGUGAAGUUUUACUACAAUUUGGCGAUGAAAUAAAGUUAUAUGCUUUCAAGACCACUCCUCGAGGCUAUAUUUAUGUCAGACUUGAUCAACUCUCCCAUGAGCAUGGCUGCCCAAGCUUGGAGUUACUCGAAAGCUAUAGUCGAGAAUACAAGAAAGUUUUGGAUGAACAAGGAUCAAAGGGAGAAAUUCCGGAUGAUCUUGGUCUUGAGGUAUCAUCUCCGGGUGCAAAUCGUAUAGUAAGCGUACCAGAUGACCUGCAGAGAUUCAAAGACUUCCCUAUGCAAGUAACGUAUGUUGAAUCAGAUACUGAAGCCAAAUUCGAAACGAAAUGUGGGAUUUUCUUGCUGGAUUCAUUGGAUGCAGAAUCAGAACACUGUGACUGGAAACUGGCUGACGUUAAAGCAAAUAGGGAUCCCGCUAGCAAAGGAAGGCCAAUGAGUCGUAAAAGAAAAGAUUGGAGAUUGAGGCUUUCGUUUUCAAUGCUGAAGAAAGCAAGACUAUACAUCGAACACUAACCGGUAAAGCUUAUAAAUAGGUGUUAUAUUCGCCUUUUGGCAAUAUUUUCUCACCCCGGUAUUGUAUCGUUGAUGCACUUUUCGUAAACGGUGUAGAUGAAACAAGUGUUACUGCUAAUGAUAUCUGUUAUUCUCCUAUAAAAGCAGCAUAGUUAUGUAAACUUUCCUUUGUCUUUUCACCCUUUUUUGAUCAUCAAGUCAUUUGCUGCAUUUAGUGGCGGUUGUGGAUGCCCUCCGAUGCUUGCAUGUGACUUUGUAGGCUAAAAAACGCGAUAAUUUUUGAUAUAUUUUUAUGAUAAUUUUGUAUAUUAAGUUUUGUAUUGGAAUUUUAUAUAUUUUGCCACUGCAUUGAGUAUUACUCCGAUUUAA